UUUUUUAACGCGAGAACUUACGUUGUCGGUAAUGGCAACAUCCACGGAGUCGGCGUCGAUGCUGCUCGCGUUCGAAUCUACGAGAAAUCUCUGUCGGGCACCCUACAACAAGCUGCAACCACGUCUGGUUUCUCGUUGGACUACUUGUCACUACACAAGGUGGAGAUCAAGCAGGCGCUCGAGUAUCGGCACAACUGGGAUUCCCCAAGCUGGGCAGUCGAAGAGGUG